ACUAUAACUUUUUGGUGUCUAAAUUACAAAAUGUAAUAAAUUUAUUGGGAAAUUAACUAAAAAUAAAAAAACAUAGUUGUAGUUGCAUGAUAACGGGAAAGAGAGGGAAGACCCGGGGAUAGACAAAGUGAAGAGAAAAUGAGUCUCAAAUUUGGGCACCAAGAAAAGUUUGAACAUAUGAUAUAUAUGAGCAAUGCAUCAAAAAUAAUCUCAAGAAAUGGAGGAGGACAGAAUCAGCCAACUCCCAGAUGCAAUUCUUCAACAAAUCUUGUCCUUGAUCGACAUCAAUCAAGCCGUUGAGACAGCCGUUCUCUCCUCAAGAUGGAAAAACCUCUGGUUUUCCCUCUCCGAUCUCAACUUCCACCUCACCCGCUUCCCUCACUUCAUCUCCAACUUCCUCUCUCAUCGCGACGACGCCGCCCCCAUCCGCAACUUCCACCUCUCAUUGGACACCGGUGGGCCGGCCCACGAAUUCGUGGAGGAAUGCGCGUACUACGCCGUCAGUCACGGCGUCCAAUCCCUCCGCCUCCACGCUCCCGGCGGCCCACUUCUGAAUCUCCCUGCCGCGUUUUUCGCCUCGACAACGCUGCGGGAGCUCCAUCUCAGACAAUUUAGCGGCGGGAUUUCUCUACCUGGAAACUUUUGUUUACCACAUCUGAAAACCCUGUAUCUUGAAAGCACUCGCUUCUUCAAACAUGAUUUCCUGUAUACUAUCCUCAAGGAGCCGUUUUCGCGCUUCCCGGAGCUCGAGAAGCUCACCCUGCGCCGGUGUAUGCUGUAUAGGCUUGUCGUUAAGGCUCCCAAGCUUAGAUUUCUUGAAAUUAUUCAGGAACGAUUGGAGAUGGAAGAGAUUUCUGCUCCAUUGCUAACUUGGUUUAGAUAUGAGGGGCACUAUCCUUUUGAAUGUCCCAAUGUUAAUCUCCCAGUGUUGGAGGAAGUCAAUUUGGACAUUUAUAAAAGAUUCUACGAGGAAGGGAUGCGUGUGAAAUGUGUUAGGAUGCUUCAACAACUUGGAAAUGCUACCACUGUUGCAUUAACUCUGGACAUUCUCAAGGUUCUAGGAAAGGAUCGUAGUUUGAUUGAGCAAAAGCCUUGUCCAUUUCCGUACCUGAAAUGUCUGAAAUUGAUGAAAGGGCGUCGCGAAAUUCCUAGGGUGCUACAGAGCGUGAUGAAGUAUUUAAGUGAGUCGGCGAAGGUGGAGUUUCCUGAUGGUGUGAGUGUGGUUGAAGAGUACUCGGGAGACGAAGACGACAGUGAUGAUGAACUGGAACUCCCACAGCUGUUUGGAAUAGAAGAUGAAACAUAAUUAUCAAGUUUGAUUUUCGCAUCUUCCACUAGCUUGCACAACCUGGCUGACUCAACUUCUAAACCUUAAAUAUCAAUAUCAACAAUCUUUACAAUAUUAUCUCUCCUUUUUUUUUUUUUUUUUUAAUCCCAGACUUCUAAACCAAAAAAUAUUGGUAAUUGUUUCUUCAUCUUUUGGCAUUGGGUAUCAAACACGACAAGAUGAAAAAGACAAUUACCAUUCUUCUCUGGUGUUGGGAUAUGCUUCUUUUAAAAUGUUUUCUAGUCUAGCACUUCUGAAGUUGUUUAAUUUUGUUGUAUUUGGAGUUUUAUCUUUUAAUCCCAUCUCAUUCCUUGU